AUGCUCAUCCCUAACAACAAUAAUUUGAACAACCUGAAUUUCCAAAACGGUGGCAACAAUGACUACAAUGAUGGGUUUAGGAAUCAAGGCUUUGGGAAUAAAUACCGAAGGAAUCCAAAUGGUGGAUUCAACAAUGAAAAUGGAGGAUACUACAACGAAGAGUUUUAUCCUGCUAGUAAAACAAUGGAAAUAAGAAAAGCAAAACAAGAUUUUUCACAAAAACCCAAUGAAGAAUUUCAUGAGGCAUUUGAACGCCUCAAGGAAUUAUUGCGUUCAUGCCCCAUCAUGAAUUUCCUUAUUGGAAACUUUGAAGACGCUUGGCGAUUCUUGGAGCAGUUGAGUCAUGGUUCAAAAACAAAUUACUCUGCUAAGAAAUGGGACACCCCAGUUUCAUCUGUUGCUUCAGUUGGACUAGACAAAAACUGGAAAAGUGAAGGACAGAAGAUAUGUGUAAGAUGUGGAGAUUCAGGAUACAUUGUGGAUGAGUGCAUGAGAAGUCAAGAGGAAAUUAAUCAAGUGCACGGAUAUGGUCAAUUGCAAAACAGUCCGAGAUCAUUCAAUCGGAACAACAACCAAGGCGGGAACUACAACAACAAUGGAAACUAG